UUUUAAUUAUUGGCUAUGAAAUAAUUGAGGGGCUUAUUUGGUUUUCUUUCUAAGAAGUCUAUUUUGGAUGUAUUUAUGUCAUGCUGCAUUGACCCACUUGAGCUAGAGAGAGAGAGAGAGAAGAGCAUAUAUCAAAUGAUGAACAUGGCUUGGAAGUCAUCAUCACCCUUAUCUGAUCUUCUAUUUCUGAGGAGAUUUUUCUGAUCUUUCUUCCGAGGUUGGCUUUCACGGUAUACCAUGUUGCCUUACUAGAAGAACAAGUCUAAGAGAAAGAAGCUGUUUUCUUGGUCUUGAUGGGAUUGCAGUUGAAGAAUCAACAUCCAUUUCAGUAUCAGAUUUUUGUUUCAUGGCUCAAGAACAACACUGUGAAGAUAAAUCCGGGAACAUGGUUUCUUCAGGUGGGUUUUGUUACUCAGAUGUUUCAUCAAGUAACCCGACCAUUCAUCUGGUGAACCAGAUCCAAGGUUUUGAGUCCAACAACCAAGAAAUCUUGAUCAACUUGACGACAGGGAUGGAGAUGAUAGGGUUUUCAAAGAAUCCACAGCAGCAGAGUGAUCAGAGUAACUCAGCUGUCAUGUGGAGAAAUCUUCAACAUGGUUCAUCUUCUUCAAAGAUGAUCAACGAGUCCUCCACUAAUGAUUUCUAUCAACAUGUGUUCAAUAAGCCUGAUUUCUCAGCUGGGAUUUCUGAAACAAUAGUGGGAGCUCAGGACUCUGCUGCAGCAGGAGGAUGGCAAGAGAAUAGAUUGCUUGUUGAUGGUAAUUCUUCUUUGAGGUGUGUUUUCCCUUGUGAAGGAAAUGAAAGGCCUAGUCAAGGGCUUUCUCUCUCUCUUUGUCCAAGCAAUCCUUCAAGUAUAGGGCUACAAUCUUUUGAACUAAGGCACACUAAUCAUCAUCACCAUCAAGACCACCAAGAAGAUGAUCAUAUGAGGUUUGUUGCUUCGAGUUCUAGAGAUGGGUUUUAUGGGAAAUCAUCAAAUAUCCAAGAGCAACAAAUUAUGCAAGAUGGGCUUUUGGGAAAAGCUGAAAAUUUUCAGUUCCAGCUCAGGAACUCUAAGUUCUUAGUCCCUGCACAGGAGCUUCUGAACGAGUUCUGCAGCCUUGGAACAAAGCAAACUGAUCAUCCUCCCAAGCAAAAAUCCCACAAGGCCAAACAGUGGGAAGAGGAUAAUAAUGGCAGUACUAGUUCUUCCAGAAAGCAGGCUCUUUUCUCCCUCGAAUACAUGGAAUUGCAGAAAAGAAAAACAAAACUGCUUUCAAUGCUGGAAGAGGUGGACAGAAGGUACAGGCACUAUUGUAAUCAAAUGAAGGCGGUGGUGGCGUCCUUCGAAGCGGUGGCCGGCCACGGAGCUGCCACGGUCUACUCCGCGCUGGCUUCAAAGGCCAUGUCAAGGCAUUUCAAAUGCUUGAGAGAUGGGAUUGUCGGUCAGAUUCAGGCCACCAAGAGAGCCAUGGGUGAGAAAGAUCCCGUUGCACCCGGGGCAAGCAGAGGAGAAACACCAAGGCUUAGGAUUCUUGAUCAAACACUCAGGCAACAGAGAGCUUUUCAGCAAAUGAGCAUGAUGGAGAGCCAUCCAUGGAGACCCCAACGCGGACUCCCCGAGCGAUCCGUUUCCGUUCUCCGAGCAUGGCUUUUCGAGCAUUUUCUCCACCCGUACCCAAGCGAUGUUGAUAAACAUAUCUUAGCCCGCCAAACUGGUCUCUCAAGAAGCCAAGUGUCCAAUUGGUUCAUUAACGCAAGGGUGAGGCUGUGGAAGCCUAUGGUGGAAGAAAUGUACGUAGAAGAGACAAAAGAGCAAGACAACAUGGACAUGACUUCCCCAGAUGGGAUUAUUGCAGAUCUUGACGCCAUCAAUGGCCGGCAAAAUCAAAACCCACCUCCAUUAACACGCCUUGAGGAUGAUCAAAAACCUACACAAGGCCAACUCGUCCGAAUUGACUCAGAUUGCCUCUCAUCCAUCAUCACAAACCCAGAAAAAAAGGACCCAAAAACCACCAAAACCCCCCUCCAAAACCACCAGAUCAUGCACCAACACCAACACCAACACCAACACCAACAACAACAACAACAUGGGUUUGGUCGGAUUGAGACAUUUGGGAACAUGGAGCUGGACUUUUCAUCUUAUGCUAAUGAUCACAGCACUAGUACUGUUCAUCAGAACUUCAAUGGAGGUGGCGUGUCUUUGACGUUAGGGUUGCAGCAGCAUGGUGGGAGUGGUGUGAGCCUAGCCUUCUCACCUGCCUCUCAGAGCUCUUUGUUUUAUGGUAGCAGAGACCACAUUGAAGAAUGCCAGCCAGUUCAUCAGUACUCCCUUCUGGACAGCGAAGGACAGAAUCUGCCAUACAGAAAUUUGAUGGGUGCUCAGUUGCUCCAUGACUUGGCUGGAUCAUAGACAAGUAAAAGGCUUGAUCAUGGUGAUGGAUGGAUGGAUGGUAGAUAAAUUGUUUUAGGUACAUGCAGAUAAAUACUUUCCAUACAUAUACAUAAAGCUAUACUUGGGUAGGUAGUAGUAUGAAAAUGAUGAUCAUGGUAUAAUUUUUUUGGAAACUUUUCUUGAUUGUAAGAACAUGCUUAUAUUACCCUUUAGGUUAAUUUGAAGUUGCUGGUGAUGCAUAUCUUUCCUUC